AUGUCUACAAACAUUACAUGGCACCCCUCCCUCACCCGCGCCGAGCGCAACAGUCUCCGCAAACAACGCGGCAUUACAAUCUGGUUCACCGGACUCUCCGCCUCGGGAAAAUCCACCAUUGCUAUAGCACUCGAACAGCAUCUCCUCCACCUUGGGCAUGCUGCCUACCGUUUAGAUGGCGACAAUGUCCGUUUCGGCCUCAAUAAGGACCUUGGGUUUGACGAAAAGUCCCGCAACGAGAACAUUCGCCGUAUUGCCGAAGUCGCAAAAUUAUUCGCAGAUAGCUGUACGAUUACAUUGACAUCAUUUAUUUCGCCAUAUAAAGCAGAUCGUGCUGUUGCGCGGGAGUUGCAUGAGAAGGCUACGAAUGGGGAUGACGCGAUCCCGUUUAUUGAGGUGUUCAUUGAUAUCCCGGUUGAGGAGGCAGAGAAGAGAGAUCCUAAGGGAUUGUAUAAGAAGGCCAGAGCCGGAGAGAUUAAGGAUUUCACUGGAAUUAGUGCGCCAUACGAGGAGCCUGAGAAGGCCGAGAUUCACUUGAGGACGGAUAAGUUGAGUGUAGAGGAGUGUGUGCAGCAAAUCGUGGAUUACUUGGAGAAGGAAGGUCUGUUGAAGUUGUAG